AAGUGAUUGUUUCCUGUAUAAGAUGUUUUAGAAAGUCCAACCAUGAAUAAAAUUUUGGUUUUGAUUUUUGCACAAUUUGUUUUGGGAGAUUUUGAUAUUGACGACUCUGUUCUGUACAAAGUAAACUUUCCUGGCUUCAAAGAUGUUUCAGAAACAGGGGGAAAUGAUGCCGUUAAAGAAGAUAUAUUCUCUGAAGAAACAGAAACUUACACAAUGAUAACAAAAAAUAAGGAGAAGUAUGAGUGUCGGAUCCCUAGGGUAAAGAUAGGAUCUGGAGAUGGUGGAGAAGAAUACUCUGGACCCUCCCCCCUCGGCAUCAUGGAGAAGUUAUUCAUAGAGAUGUCCUGCACCUACAGGCUCGAGGCUUAUUGGACAUACGAGCUUUGUCACGGCAGAUUUCUCCGUCAGUAUCAUGAGGAACGUGAUGGAAAAGAUGUCAAAAUUCAAGAAUAUUUCCUCGGGAAAUUCUCUAAGGAACGUCUAGAUGAACUAGUAAAAGAAGCGGAGAGGGAUAAAGAGAAUGAUAUUACAAGACAUCCACCAACUAAGAAGAUAGAGUCCUUAAACCUUCCAUACUUCGAAAUAACAAUGGAGGAUGGAACCCUCUGUGAUCUGAAUAAUGCUCCUCGUAGAACCAGGGUUCUAUAUAUCUGCUAUCCAACAGGCAGAAAUGAGAUUUAUCAAUUGAAGGAAACUUCCACCUGUGAAUAUGAGGUCAUAAUUCUAACCUCUACUCUCUGCAGUCAUCCAUCCUUUAAACCUUCGGAGGUCAGCGAACACGGGAUCUCCUGUAGACCAGUCAACAAAGAAAGUGGGGACAAGCCGUCUGAUCUGAUAAGUAUGGAAGCACAGAGCUCUAAGUUACGGAGUGAGAAAAUGUGGGAAGCGCAUAUGCACGGGGGAGAUAAACCUGGACAGGUGAAGAUCGAGAUCCGACCUCUGGAUCCAACCUCAGGAACCUCGGAGAUAGAUUUAGAUUCCUUAGAGGAGGAUAUAUCCUCAAGCAAGAGUGCUAACUGGAGGGAGACAGUAAGGGAACCAAUUAAACCUUUAAUGGAUCCUGAAGUAGUUAAACAGUUUCUCAGGGGUGAAUACUGUCUGUAUGGUGGAUCAGGAUGGUGGAAGUAUGAGUUCUGUUACGGGAAGAAGGUUGAUCAAUACCAUCAGGGGGAGUCGGGAUCUAGAACCGUUAUAAAGCUGGGAGUAUUUGAAUUGGAGAAACAUUUAGAUUGGAUUCAAGAACAUCCAAAUAAGAAGCCUAAGAUGGGGGAUGCUAGGAAACAUGUCAGUCAUUUUUACAGUUCAGGAGAUAUCUGUGAUCUUACAGGGAACCCUCGUCAUAUAGAGGUAAAACUUAAAUGUAAGAAAGCUGAUUCUCCCUCAGCUGUAACCCUCUACCUUCUAGAACCUAAACCCUGUGAAUAUGUUCUAGGUGUUGAGAGUCCUCUUGUCUGUGAUAUCCUACCUCUAGCAGAUCCUGAAACUGGUCUUAUACCCCAGGGAGCUCUUGAUAGAUUAGAUAACCGUGAUGAUAGCUCUUUUGCUGACAGUUUACGUGAUGGUGACCAAGCGAACGAUGAAGUAGAAGAUGACGAAGGACAUGUUCUGACUAAAGAAGAACGGAAAAGAUUGGCUGAUCUAAAACAAAGAAUUCGACAGAAGCAGUCGGCUCACAAACUUGAAGAAAAGGGGAAUACCCCUAAGAGCUCAUCCAGCUUCUCCUCCUCCCAAAGUUCAUCUGUGUCUGAGAAAACUGAAACCAAGGGAGGUAAAUCAACGACAGUGCGUGAAGAGAUUAUGAUCAUAAACGGUGUGAAAACGACUAUACGUGAGGUUCUAGUUGAUGGUGUCGUUGAUUCUAGUGAGAUAGUUGAGGAAGAAGUUGUCCAUUUUGUACCAGAAGAGGAUAAAAUGAAACCAGUAGAAGAAGAAUCACCAAGCACCUCACACGAAGAUAAAUCGUCGAAAGACGAACUUUAAGCACCAACAUUGCAUUUAAUUAUUACAUUUAAAGAUAAUAUAAUUGUUUACGAAAAACAUAAUUACAGAACACAACAUUAUAUUCAUAAUGUUUAAAAAAUGGAUGUUUUGAGCAGUAGUUCCCUCAAUUGUUAUUUUUACAGUUUCAAAAUGGUUUUAGUUGAUAUUUACACUAAACAAAACAGUUAGUUGUUUGACUUGAAACCCUGUGAUAUUUAGAACUGUUAAGUGUUUAUCGAUCUUGCACUGCGAAAAUGUAAAGUUUCAUUUCUUUUAUAAUUUGUAAAAAAAAAACAAGACACACAUUUUUGCUUAAAUCUCUUUCAAAUCAAUGUUAUUAAUGCACAGUACAUUAUCCUUAUCGUUUAUCGUAUAUGUACAUGUAUUUUUUUUGGUUUGGUUGCACAGUGUACACAAAUAUUGAAAACAACGAAUUUAUCAAAUACCAGUACAGUGCUGUAAGUACAGUACAGUACAGUACAGUACAGUACAGUACAGUACAGUACAGUACAGUACAGACUAAUCUACUAAAUUUACAUAAAUUAUAUCUUAUCAAUAAAUAAUGUUGAAUAUCAAAAAGUUGUGAUGAAUAUCUGAUGUUUUAAUUUUAUAUUUUCACUUUUCAGA